CAUUUCAUGGAAGCUUUCAUAUCUGCUCCCUCCAGUCCGAUGUGUAACGCGAAAAGCAAGUCAUAAGCAGAUAUUUCCUCGCCAAUCAUCGCGCAUUCACCAUGGCAAUCCACAUCAUUUCGAAAUUUUUUUUCUUCCUGGUGUUGGGCUUCGCCGUGGGCUCUUCGGUGAUCCAGCGGCGGGACAAAGAGUGGAAGUCUUUGCUUGACGACAUGAUGAGGAAAGACAUGGAGCUGGACCAGUCCAGCACCAGAAAAGCUUCCGAAAACCUUCUAAUCACCCUGGUAUCAUCUCUUCUUUACAUUUACUUGAUUUUGACGGUGUACUACCUCAUGCUGCUCGACACCCAGGACCCCUUCGCACGUGUGAUUUCCUGCUUUGCGAAAUUUAUGAUUGUGCUUACGUCGAUGGUCCACCUGACUACCAAGUAUUUGCUUCCGAGGAGAGAAAUGUUCGGGAUGAUCAAUCGGCUUACAAUUUGUCUCUUCAUUUUAUCGACUUUACAGAUUCUCCACUUGGGUGCCUGCCUGUACCUUAACUACUUUACCUUCCCGAACAUUCCGGAAAUAAUUAGAAAAUACUGGAGAAAAUUCCGCGCCUUGCUUGAAAAGAAAACUCCACAACCUCCGCAAAUUGAACUCGAACUUCAGGACACACCCGUUUAAUUUUGUUAUUUUUUAAGACAGUUUUAUAUUAUUACUUACGUACUUAUAAAUGUGAUAAAAUUAUAUGAAAUAUACUAUUACAAUUAGUAUUCCAGUUG